GAAAGCUAAAAUCCAGAGAGAGCAAAGUCGCUUCUGUCUCACUUGUAAAUGCCCCAAGUUUAUAACACCAAGCAAGAAAAAUAAAAGACAGAAAACUUCAAAAUGGCGAAUCUAGCGAGUGUGAGUGGUGUGUAACAACAGUCAUUCUUACAUUGCCCUUACUCCGACAAGCGUAACACUGCGUCCACAUACAUAUUGAUACCAUUACUUCGGUAAUAUUGAGACAAAUUGAGAAGCUGCAUUCACAAUAUUCAAGCUGAAUGUUCAUCCAAAUGUCUGCGAUCGCCCAUUCUAUGCCAGGUAGUAAUCCAAGUAAAUUGUCGCAGAAUCGGAACGCUGAAAGUAUUGGGUCCGAUGAGGACGACCCGAGCUCGGGCAAGUACAGGAGAAUGGACGACGACAACAUGCAGGACAAGGAGCGCUUCGCCAGUCGGGAGAAUCAUUGCGAGAUCGAGCGACGACGGAGGAACAAGAUGACGGCCUACAUCACGGAACUUUCAGACAUGGUGCCGACGUGUUCGGCCCUUGCCCGCAAACCUGACAAACUCACCAUCUUGCGCAUGGCUGUCGCUCAUAUGAAGGCCCUCAGAGGGACCGGCAACACAAGUGCCGACGGCACCUACAAGCCCUCCUUUCUCACGGACCAAGAACUGAAGCACCUGAUCCUGGAGGCGGCCGACGGCUUCCUCUUUGUCGUAAGUUGCGAUACCGGGCGUAUAAUCUAUGUGUCGGACUCGGUAGCGCCGGUUCUCAACUACUCGCAGAGCGACUGGUAUGGCACGAGUCUCUACAACCAGGUACACCCUGACGACGCGGACAAGGUUCGGGAGCAGCUGAGCACCGCCGAGCCACAACACGCGGGUCGCGUCCUCGACCUUAAGACCGGCACCGUCAAGCGAGAGGGCCAUCAAUCUUCGGUGCGCCUGUGCAUGGGUUCGAGGCGGGGCUUCAUCUGUCGCAUGAAGGUCGGCAAUCUUCAGACGAGCGGUGACAUGGCCGCUGCCCACGGGCUCCAUCGUAUGAAACAGAGGAAUUCCCUGGGACCUCCGGCAAGGGACGGCCAAAGUUACGCCGUUGUCCAUUGCACCGGCUAUAUAAAAAAUUGGCCACCCACUGGUGAUUUUGUUUCCUCAUGUGUAGCCACAGGUGGGGGAAUGUCGGAUCGCGUAGGUGGUGUUCAAGGUGGACCAAACGACGGAGUCGUCAAUGACGAUGUAUCGACUCAUUAUUGCCUUGUUGCCAUCGGACGAUUACAAGUCACUAGCACUCCAAAUACCAAUGAUUUAGCUGGAUCUAGUAGUAACAAUGAAUUUAUCUCGCGUCAUUCCAUCGAAGGCAAAUUUACGUUCGUCGAUCAGAGGGUUGGAGCUAUUUUGGGCUAUACCCCAUCGGAGCUUCUAGGUCAUCCAUGUUACGAAUUUUUCCAUCCCGAGGACCACACUCACAUGCGCGAAAGCUUCGAACAAGUUUUAAAAUUGAAGGGCCAAGUACUGUCGGUAAUGUAUAGAUUUCGGGCUAAGAAUCGCGAUUGGAUAUGGCUCAGAACAUCCGCAUUUUCCUUCUUAAAUCCCUACGAGGUCGAGUAUAUCGUUUGCACAAACACCACUGCCAAAUCGUUACACAGUGGUAGUGGUGGCGCCGGCGACAAUCAAGCCCAGGCAGACAACGAGGUUGUGACCGCGUACGGCCAACCGGGGCUGGACUAUUCUUUGGACCGGCAUCAGGGCCGCAACCCCAUGUAUCCUGCCGCUCACCAUAUGAUGCAGCACGCGACGGGAAUGCCCGGAACAGGUCCAUCGGCCCCAGCGCCACAACAACAAGCCAGACCAUCGAGCACGCAAAAUGUUUACCAGAAUUACGAAACGACUCAGUCGCCCAUAGCUUAUGGCUCAUCGAACCAGCAAAAUACAUCGUCCUCCGUUUUAAAUAGAAUUCAAAAGUCAGCAACAAAUACGUCACCCACGCCAGCGGUUCAACAGGCUGCAGGAAAUUGGCCGACUAUUGGUCGUCAGCAGCAGCCAGUAUCUUGCGAAGGUUAUCAGUACAGUCAAUCGAGUCCAUCCAGAUCACCAAGUGGACCGACAUAUACUCAACUCAGCAGCGGAGCUCGAACACCAGCUGCCCAAUAUCACGCUGUUACUACAGUACCUAACAACAAUGCAGCAAUGUGGAGCUGGCAAGGGCAACAACAACAUCAAGGUCCUCCACAAGACGCCAGUGGUCAAACAAAUACACAAGUUGGUGGACAACCGCAGCCUACACAUCCGGCUGCAACUGGUGCGCCUGGUCCACAGACCCAAGAACUAUCCGAUAUGUUACAAAUGUUUCAGGAUCAAGAAUUAAGCAUGUUCAAUGCAAGCUUCGAAUGAAUUUGUCAUCGCCGUUUGUUCGUGCAAGAUUCAAUGAACUCUCCGUGUUAUAACUCUCAAUUGUUUUAAUCAAAGUGUGUGACUUUCUCAUCUCGGAUGAAACUAUAUCAGAUCGACUAUCCUCUUUUUAUUUUAAUAUUAAAAAAUUGUUGUACUCUAUUGUUGAAGGUAGAGUGGAAGAAAAGCAUUCGUAAAAAAAUGUAACAUUGGUAAUCAUUCCAUUAUUUGAGAAAGUUCACUUUAGCAAAGUUAACAAUUAUAUAAUCAUGUUUUUGAAAUUAGAGCAAAGUUGUUGAAUACGCUAAUGGCAUCAAGAGAUUAAAAACGGCUCGAGAAUACUUUAGUUAUAAAAGCACU